CAGGCUGUGCGCGGCCUCCACCUCCCACCACGUCCCGGCAGCCGCGAAGACGCUGCCACUCGGUUCCCAGCACGCUGGCGGCUCCCCGUGUCCUCUGUGCUCGCUCUAAAACAGAGGUCCUCUGCCGGAACCAGGACUUUUUCGCCCAGAGCCCUUCAGCCGCAGAAGAAGGCGAGAGCCGACACGCUACACCGCUCGAGGAGGCGUGGUGUGGGGACCGGAAGAAGCUUCUGUUGCCAAGGGAACGCGGAGCGCCUUGGCGUCCGCUCAGCCACUGAUGCUCCGCGGCGGAAGCGGAGUUCCCCCAACUUAUUGAAGAGGCUGUGCUUGGGACAAGGGAUCCUUCCUACGAGGCCUAGAGAGGGAGGCUGAGGCUCCCGGGGAAGAGCCCACGGAAACGGGUAUAAGAGUACGUCCAUUCCUGUCCUUGUCAGCCCCUUGGGCUUCGGAUUGGCCUCAAAGAUCAGUUGCUUUGUAAAUAUUUAAGUCACAUUAUGGGAUUGCUGGACAGACUUUCAGGUUUACUUGGCCUGAGGAAGAAGGAGGUUCAUGUUUUGUGCCUCGGGCUAGAUAAUAGUGGGAAAACAACCAUCAUUAACAAACUGAAACCUUCAAAUGCUCAGUCUCAAGAUAUAGUUCCGACCAUAGGAUUCAGCAUAGAGAAAUUCAAAUCAUCCAGUUUGUCUUUUACAGUGUUUGACAUGUCAGGUCAAGGAAGGUACAGGAAUCUCUGGGAACACUAUUAUAAAGAUGGACAAGCCAUUAUUUUUGUCAUUGACAGUAGUGAUAAAUUAAGAAUGGUUGUGGCCAAAGAAGAACUUGAUACCCUUCUAAAUCACCCAGAUAUUAAGCACCGCCGAAUUCCAAUCUUGUUCUUUGCAAACAAAAUGGAUCUUAGAGACGCAGUGACUUCUGUGAAGGUGUCUCAGUUGCUGUGUUUAGAGAACAUCAAAGAUAAGCCAUGGCAUAUUUGUGCUAGUGAUGCCAUCAAAGGAGAAGGGUUGCAAGAAGGUGUAGACUGGCUUCAAGAUCAAAUCCAGGCUGUGAAGACGUGAAAAGAUAGUCUCCAGGAACCAACAAGAAUUUCAAUUAAAGGAGUCUAUAUAAAGCAUACUGGAUAAUCUCAAUUUUAUUUUAAAAGAUUUAUGCAACCAAGGAUAUUUUGCAAUAUUCUGCUUGCUUUUAUGGACUCUGGAAGAACUUUUUAAGGGCUUGAGACAUUGUUAAUCUGGCCAUUAGCUAUGAAAGCUAAUAUUUUCUCAAAACUCCUUAAUUACCAGCUUCUUGUGAACAUCUACACGCUGUUGUAAUUAAAAUGUGUAAAUACGUUAUAAGCCAUCUCAAUAUCUUAUCGUGAUUUAUGUCUUUAAUGUAUUUUUAUUUUUAAUUGUCUUCUGAAAGUUUAUUAUAUGAUUUUGAAGCGUGAAUUGUGUUAGUGAAACAGCUUUAAAGAUUUAUAAGGGAUCACAGAUAAUUAGUAUAUAUGUAAUUUUUUUAGUGUCACUAAUCAAUAAAAAUUGAAAUAUAUCAAUUAGAGUACUUUUUGUUUGUGCUGAAAAGAAUAACGUGUUAGUGUGGUAUUUGGUGUUUUACUGUCAAGCAUUAUCUGAGACUGAGUGAACUGAAUUUAUUUUUUUGGUGCUUAUUGAAUAUUUCCAUACUUUCUGCUCAAACCUGGUCCUGUUAACCUGCAUAUGUGUAUGUCACUUCACAACUAUAAAGGUUUGGGUAUCUGGUUAGCCCAUUUUUUGGGUCAUUCAUAUAUGUAAAGUAUUCCUUGCCUUCACUGAAAUCAAUGUAAUGAGGGAUAAUCUGAGAACAUUUCAUAUAUGAUGGAUAAAUUUUAUUUCAUUGGCUGAAUGACAAUAUUGCAUCUUCAAAUUAAUAAAUGUAA